AACUUAUAUGGCUAUGGCUUCAGCCGCCUCACCAUCACCACCAUCAUCAUCAUCAUAAUCAUCACUUUUACCUUUCACGUCUCCAGGAACUCUAGGUAGACGGUAGACGAGGGGGAGGACCUACAGGAGGAGCGACGACGAACGCUGAAUCCCAUACUCUGACAUCUAUUCCUACCAAUCCACCCAAAACCGUUCGUGAUGGGGAACUACUCCUUGGGAGGCGAAGUGCACCUGAGCUCUCUCCAGGCCGAGACGAUCGUCUACCCAGCAGCCAAACGGUAUGCCUGCGACCGUUGUCGCACUCAGAAACUGCGCUGCCCACGCGAACAGCAGGGUCUCCACGAUCCCUGUGCUCGUUGUAUCCGAGCUGGAGUGGAGUGCGUCACCAGCGAUGCCAAACCCUUGGGCCGCCCAUCGCGCUCCGAUCAUCGCUCGAUUCCGCCCUCCCGAAGGCAACAUCCACAACAUCCACAACCUCCACAACCACCCCAACCACCACAACAAAGCAUGGACAGCAUUCAGACUAUCGAGAUUCUCGAAAAUGACAAUGGGAUCACCCCCUCAGCCAUCCCUCCAUGCAUUGACCCCACCACUAAUCAGACCAUGGCAGAGGGUUGGGAUAAUGCAUUCCUCCAAUGGAACCACCAAAACGGGUUCUCCUUGGGGCCUCACGACCACCACCUCAAUGACACCACCAUGCUGGAUGGAGACACGGCCCCAAUCAACUCGGAUCUCGCCCUUGCAUUCCCACCCUUGGCGACCGAUACACCAUCCCUGACGCCUCCAUCUGCAUCGGCUUGGGUCGACCCAGCUGAGCCCCUGCAGUUUCCGGACCGCGAAGAGGAUGCCGUGCGGCGGUUGGCCUCGCUUGCUGGAUCACUGCAGGCCCUCUUGGCCCGGACGGACCCUUCACUGUGAGACAGUAUCUUACUGAACAUUGCGUGCUCAAACGGGUCGGGUCCGGUCACCGAGUUGCCAAAAUGGAACCCACUGGAUGAGGCGCUGAAAGGCACCGCUGAGUUCGUCGCGAU